AUGUUUAGAAAGAAAUCCAAGAAUUUACCAAUUUAUGAAAACGAAUCACAUUAUAAAGCCAAUAUAACUGGAAAUCUAAAAAAUCCCGAUCAUCAUUUUUCAUAUGACUCGAGUAUUUCAAGUAAAAACUUGAUGUUUAAUAAAAAGUUAACUGGCAAAUCUAAUCAAAAUAAAGCUUUAAGUUUAAUUCACAAAAUGAAUAUAUUCUCACGUAAUAGGCGAACUAUCAACAGAAAAGUCAAUUAUAAUGAAUAUGUUGAUUCAGUUCAAUUUGAUAUACCUAAUGAUGAGUCUAUGGAAGAAAAUGGAUCACUUAACUUGAGUCUUUCUCCAACGCAUAAAUCAGAAUUCGAUAGUAGAAACACUUCUCCUAUUUAUUGUGAUCGAAAAUCUGAACAGCAUUGUAACUCUAAAGUCACUAGACUAUCCACAAAAUCUAUAUCAAAAACAGAUUCACAAAAGAAUGAUCCACUCCACACGGAUAUAUACGCGCAUGAUAAUAGCAUAUAUGGGUGUACAACUAUAAGUGAAUCAUCUGGAUUUAAAGAACAACAAGGUGCAAUUUCAUCCUCAUUACCAUUCACAAUCCCGGAUCCAACUGCUUACAGAGAUUUAGAUAAUGCUAGUCCUGAAACUAUUGCGCUAUGUCGUCGUCAUUCAUGUCACUAUUGCUUCUAUGUUUAUUUUCCAUCAUCAACUGUAGAUGAUUGUUUAUUACCAUUUCGAAGAAAACAUUUCCAAGAUAAAUUUUCACAAUUAAAACAUUCACAAUAUAUUAAUGAAAUUAAACAAACUAAAUAUGCACAAAAUAUAUUUUCUGAUCGUCGUAUUCAUUCAAUUGAAAAACAAUCUGGUACGCAAAUACAUUUAAGUGAACUUUAUUUAAGUAUAAUAUGUAUUAAAGGUAUACCAUGUCGACGUUUAACUAUAGCAGGUCCAUCAUUUGUUAAUAUUUGUUGUGCAUUAAAUUUAUUAGAAAAUUUAUUACCAAAUAUUAUUAAAGGUGCUAUUUUUCCAUAUCGAUUACCAGAAGGUUUAUCAACACGUUUUCCAUCUGGUUCAAGAUGA